GGCGGUUACGACUCAUGCGACGGUGUCAGGAGAGAACGCGGGAAUCUUUACAUAUAUAUGCCUACUCUUGACAAGCGUUCAGUAAUUACUCCUGGAUGGCUUAUAAGUAGAUGCAGUGCGCUUGCUGCAUAGUGCUUAGGCUUUGUAUUGUGAAAAUCACCAUUCAUUUUUGCGUACUAUUUUAUUUUAUUGGUAUGAAAUAUUUGAAUGCGAUAUUGAAUCACAUAUGCUGACAUUUGACGUAAAAAUCUGCUGGUUUCUUUGUGAAACAGAAAUAUCAAAUAUCCUGGCAUUGCUUUUCUUUGAGAUAGAAAUGGAGAAAAUGGAUUAUUUUCAUGUCUUUAUUUUGUUCUGCAAAUGGAUUUAACAAAAUGUGUAAUUUGAAUUCAUUCGCUGACUUACGGACCUGGUUAACAGCCAUGGUAAUAUUUACGUUGAUGGUACUUCAUGAUACGGCGGAGUCACUGACAUUGAAAAAUUUCGAAAAGGAAAAGAAAAGAGACGAUUUUAUUCUGAAUCUGUCAGAUGAACCAUCUGUCUGGGAACAUCGAGAAGAAGACGAUGCUUUAUUUCCAGUUGUGAAUAACGGACUUUUUGAAAUACAAUCCCGUGUUGCGUUUUCAUUAGAUACGCCAGACUUACCCCCUUCAGAGGGUGUCAAAACCCGUACCAAAAGAGCAACUUCGUCCAAUAGUGCAGCACGAAAGAAGAGGAGGAGGCAAAGAAGAUUAAGAAAAAACAAACGAAAAAAUAGGAAACAAAACAGAAAACAUCGACACAACCAUGGUAGCAAAAAGAGUAGAAGGAGGAGAUCAAGUAGACUGGGGAGUAGUGGCCAGUAUGAUCCACACCCUCUGAGUGUUUGUGAUAGCAUUAGUGACUGGGUCCAACUGAACGAUUCUAUCACCCAGUACGGACUUCAAGUUCAGGUUUUGUCUCAUCGUUGGUCAGGUGACCAGCGACUGAAACAAUACAUCUAUGAGACCAAGUGUGCAGAGACAGGUGAACAAUGUCGAGGAAUUGAUACGGUAAAUUAUAGGUCGGAAUGUGUGACUAAAAAGAUUUAUAUAGAUGCCUUUGUUCGAGACGAGCACGGCGACGAAAUGUGGGCAAAAAUUGAAGUGAAUGGAUCUUGCAAUUGUAGGCUAUUUAGAAAGAGACUUGGUACGAGAAUUUCAAUUUUUGAUGUUUUAGGACAAUAAAGUUUUGUUGAUACGAUACGGAGAGAAUCUUUUUUUACGCUCUCUUGAUAUUAAAACAUAGUAAUUAUCCUAAUAAUUUGUUUUAAUUUAUGUAAAUUUUGAUGUCAAUCAUCUUGACGUUAUUUUCAUUUUUAAAUUUCGCUAAUCACAAGUUUAAUCAUUCCAGUUUCAACACUUAUGUUAUUUUUGCAUUAUUUUACGGCGGAAACAGUUAGUAUCAUUUUGAUCCCUUAGCUCAGAAUUAUCGAAAGGGGGUACUAGUCUGUGAUACCCGCUCAAUCCAUAAUUGUGUCUAUAUAUGUCAAUGAUAUUUUGAUGACAAUGAAUGUGAUGUUACCACUUCAUUUGCAAGUGUGUUGUUUUCUCCGAAACCAAGUGCUAUGUCGUAAUCCCCCCCCCCCCUCACAAUGUGUUAUUUUGUUUCUGUGUCGCUCUUUCUCCCGCUCUCUGUAUUUGUUUAGUCGUUGUAGCAGGAUAUUGUACAAACGUUAAAUCGGUAAUAUUUUAUUUUCGUUGGUUUGAUAUACGUUUGAUUUGAGUUUAUUUCCAGUUGUUAAUCAAUAUUAAUUUAUCAAUUCAUCUCAAUUAUGAUAAUCAUUACUAAAACAGUAAACUUUUAAGAAAACAAUCGCUUUUCAAAAAAAAUAUAUAUAAUAGUUCAAUUUUUUUUUCUAUCAGUCCUCAUUUUUGCGAUUCAUUCAUGCAUUUCUUUCCAUACGCAUAUUGGCUUUAAAUUUUGUAGUUUUUUGUGUAUUUUUUAAAGAUUUGACUUGUUUUUGUAGAUGUAUAUUACAUGUUGAACAGUAUGUUAAAAUAUUUUUGAAGUCUUUUGCUUCAUUUUCCUCACCAAAGAUGACAUUUUGUUAUCGGAUGUUGGUUUGUGAUAUCUCUAUGCUGAGUUUCGAUGACAGUUUUUUUUAUUGUUUACGUUUUUUCAGUUUGACAUAUUUUGUUUGGAAUUAGGAUUCCGAAGUGUUGCCACGUAGAUUUUUAGUAACACAGCAAAUCUUAGUUCUCUUUCGACCAAUUUCGUCGCCGUUGUGGCUAUUGCAUUUUACUUCUUCGUCGUUCCAGCGGACGGAUUUUUACAAAAUGCUUUGGACGUGAAAAAGAAAUACAAAUACAUGACAUUGUAUUUAUUGAUUUUACUGUACAAAUUUUUUUAUUUAGAUGUUAUUUCUUAGAAACACCCCUGUGUAAGAACGGAUGCCGAUUGAUACUAUAUACGUAUGCUUAUUCGUAGAAUCCGUUUCGACACAAGACGUUAUUGCUUGAUCUCGUUUCACAUUUCAUGUUUGAAUCUACAAAAAUAGGAUCAUUGUGCUAUUUUUUUUCAUCCAUUUUUCAUGUUUGAAACAGUUGAUUAUUUAUUACACAUUAAGUAAAUCAAAUCGGAAUUAUCACUUCAUAUGACAUUACCACGUUUGAUUAAAUCCGAUUAUUAGAAAUGUAUCGGAAUUAAGAUUACUUUUAUGUGCAAUUACGUUUUAAGAGACGUAAAUUUUAUCAGAUUACCAUUAAUCACGAUAAAAAAGACAAUAUGAUUAAUUGUUCUAUUUUACCACAAAAAGGAAUUAUUUAUAACAGUUCUAAAAUUAAACAAAGACACUAAAUUCGCCUCAUUAAACUUUUCAAAACAGUCGUUCCUUGGAUUUUAUAUCUUAGAAUAAAAUUUAUCAUAAUUUAAAUAUGCCCGGUCGGUGGUGAGCAAGUACUAUGUGAAGAAGGAAAUAUAGAAUAUGGAUAAAACCUGUUGGUGCGGAAAGUGUAAUAACCCCACAGAGUCAUAUUGACAUUUGCCGAUGUACUGUUUGGUCACAAUAUUAUCCUGUAAUUCUUUUGCAAGUGUGUUUUAUAUUCUGUAAAGUCUCAAAGCUGUACAAAUGUACGUGCCUUAUUGAACCUAAGUCAGUAGGGACUUGGAUCGUUUUGUUUGAAGUGCUACAGUCAUACAAAUGUUAUGUAGUUGAAUUUGUCUAUCAAUAAAAGGUGCUAUGUUGAGCUGCAUUUUCUAGAGGGGCCAUUGCUAUCCAACCUAUUUAUUUGUAAUUGUGAUUUGUGAUUUGUAAAUAAUUGUUAAUUUAUAACUAAAGCCAUCCACUAUAUUUUGUGAUUUUAACAUUGAAUUAAAAUUGUUUUAUAUAAAAAA